CAUCGGAAUGCGCCGCCGGGCGGCCUUUUCUCUCCAGCUGGCUUGUUCUCGCGCGGCGUAUCUCCCACAGUGUCCCCGUGGAGGACUGUGCGAGGGUCCCUGCCUCUUUUCCUCCGUGCUUGUGAGGCGGCACUGAGGGAGGGGGUCGGCCGCGCGCAGGGAAACCUUCGCGGCGACUUGGAGACCGCGAAGACUGGCCAGUCGGCUGUAUCCUUGCGCCGCUACGCCAUGAGCGUGCAGACGCGCCGCUACGGCGGCCGCCGGGGCUCCUCGCCUCCCCCUCUUCUGGUCGCCCCUCGCCGGUGAGAGGAGAGAACGCGAGACGGGAAGAUGGGGGCCGUCCUGAGGAGCCUGCUGGCCUGCAGUUUCUGUGUGCUCCUGAGAGCGGCCCCUUUGUUGCUUUAUGCAAAUAGACGGGACUUGCGAUUGGUGGAUGCUACAAAUGGUAAAGAGAAUGCUACAAUAGUAGUUGGAGGCUUGGAGGACGCAGCUGCAGUGGACUUUGUGUUUGGUCAUGGCUUGAUCUACUGGAGUGAUGUCAGCGAAGAAGCUAUUAAGCGAACAGAAUUUAACAAAACUGAGAGUGUUCAGAAUGUUGUUGUUUCUGGAUUAUUGUCCCCUGAUGGACUGGCAUGUGAUUGGCUUGGAGAAAAAUUGUACUGGACAGAUUCGGAAACUAAUCGGAUUGAAGUUUCUAAUUUAGAUGGAUCUCUCCGAAAAGUUUUGUUUUGGCAAGAGUUGGAUCAACCCAGAGCUAUUGCCUUAGAUCCUUCAAGUGGGUUCAUGUACUGGACAGACUGGGGAGAAGUGCCAAAGAUAGAACGUGCUGGAAUGGAUGGUUCAAGUCGUUUUGUUAUAAUAAAUACUGAAAUUUACUGGCCAAAUGGACUGACUUUGGAUUAUGAGGAACGAAAGCUUUAUUGGGCAGAUGCCAAACUUAAUUUCAUCCAUAAAUCAAACUUGGAUGGAACAAAUAGGCAGGCAGUGGUUAAAGGUUCCCUUCCACAUCCUUUUGCCUUGACGUUGUUUGAGGACACAUUGUACUGGACUGACUGGAACACACACUCCAUUUUGGCUUGCAACAAGUACACUGGCGAAGGUCUGCGUGAAAUCCAUUCUAACAUCUUCUCUCCCAUGGAUAUACAUGCCUUUAGCCAGCAGAGGCAGCCAAAUGCUACAAAUCCAUGUGGAAUUGAUAAUGGUGGUUGUUCUCAUUUGUGUUUGAUGUCUCCAGUCAAGCCAUUUUAUCAGUGUGCUUGCCCAACGGGGGUCAAACUUCUGGAGAAUGGAAAAACUUGCAAAAAUGGUGCCACUGAAUUACUGCUGUUAGCCCGCAGGACAGACUUGAGACGCAUUUCUUUGGAUACACCAGAUUUUACAGACAUAGUUCUGCAGUUAGAAGACAUUCGUCAUGCCAUUGCCAUAGAUUAUGAUCCUGUGGAAGGCUAUAUCUACUGGACUGAUGAUGAAGUGAGGGCCAUACGCCGCUCCUUCAUAGAUGGAUCUGGCAGUCAGUUUGUGGUUACUGCUCAAAUUGCCCAUCCUGAUGGUAUAGCUGUUGACUGGGUUGCACGAAAUCUUUACUGGACAGACACUGGCACUGAUCGGAUAGAAGUGACAAGGCUCAAUGGGACUAUGAGGAAGAUCUUGAUUUCAGAAGACUUAGAGGAGCCCCGAGCUAUUGUGUUAGAUCCCAUGGUUGGGUACAUGUAUUGGACGGACUGGGGAGAAAUCCCGAAAAUUGAGCGAGCAGCUCUAGAUGGCUCUGAUCGAGUAGUAUUGGUUAAUACUUCUCUUGGGUGGCCAAAUGGUUUAGCCUUGGAUUAUGAUGAAGGCAAAAUAUACUGGGGGGAUGCCAAAACAGACAAAAUUGAGGUUAUGAAUACUGAUGGCACUGGAAGACGAGUACUAGUGGAAGAUAAAAUCCCUCACAUAUUUGGGUUUACUUUGUUGGGGGACUAUGUUUACUGGACUGACUGGCAGAGGCGCAGCAUUGAAAGAGUACACAAACGAAGUGCAGAGAGGGAGAUCAUCAUAGAUCAACUGCCUGAUCUCAUGGGACUAAAAGCCACUAAUGUUCACCGAAUCAUUGGUUCCAACCCUUGUGCUGAGGAAAAUGGAGGAUGUAGCCAUCUUUGCCUUUAUAGACCCCAGGGCCUUCGCUGUGCCUGCCCCAUUGGCUUUGAACUCAUUAGUGAUAUGAAGACCUGCAUUGUCCCAGAAGCUUUUCUUCUGUUUUCACGGAGAGCAGAUAUCAGACGAAUUUCUUUGGAAACGAACAAUAAUAAUGUGGCCAUUCCACUGACUGGUGUCAAAGAAGCGUCUGCUUUGGAUUUUGACGUCACAGACAAUCGAAUUUAUUGGACUGAUAUAUCACUCAAGACCAUCAGCAGAGCCUUUAUGAAUGGCAGUGCACUGGAACAUGUGGUAGAAUUCGGCUUAGAUUACCCAGAAGGCAUGGCAGUGGACUGGCUUGGGAAGAACUUAUACUGGGCCGACACAGGAACAAAUCGAAUUGAAGUGUCAAAAUUGGAUGGACAGCACCGACAGGUUUUGGUUUGGAAAGACCUAGACAGCCCCAGAGCUCUAGCCUUGGACCCUGCUGAAGGAUUUAUGUAUUGGACUGAAUGGGGUGGAAAACCCAAGAUAGACAGAGCAGCUAUGGAUGGCAGUGAACGCACUACAUUGGUUCCAAAUGUGGGGCGGGCAAAUGGCCUGACUAUUGAUUAUGCUAAAAGAAGGCUUUAUUGGACAGACCUGGACACCAACUUAAUAGAAUCCUCAAAUAUGCUUGGACUCAACCGUGAAGUUAUAGCAGAUGACUUGCCUCAUCCUUUUGGCUUAACUCAAUACCAAGAUUACAUCUACUGGACUGACUGGAGCCGACGCAGCAUUGAGCGUGCCAACAAAACCAGUGGCCAGAACCGCACUAUCAUUCAGGGCCAUUUGGAUUAUGUGAUGGACAUCCUAGUCUUCCACUCCUCACGGCAGGCAGGGUGGAAUGAAUGUGCUUCCAGCAAUGGGCACUGCUCCCACCUCUGCCUGGCAGUGCCGGUUGGAGGUUUUGUGUGUGGAUGCCCUGCUCACUACUCCCUGAAUGCUGACAACAGGACUUGUAGUGCUCCUACUACUUUUCUGCUCUUCAGUCAAAAGAGUGCCAUCAACCGCAUGGUGAUUGAUGAACAACAGAGUCCUGACAUCAUUCUUCCUAUCCAUAGCCUGCGGAAUGUCCGGGCCAUUGACUAUGACCCACUGGAUAAGCAACUAUAUUGGAUUGAUUCACGACAAAACAUGAUCCGAAAGGCACAAGAAGAUGGCAGCCAGGGCUUUACUGUGGUGGUGAGCUCAGUUCCAAACCAGAACCUAGAAAUACAGCCCUAUGACCUCAGCAUUGACAUUUAUAGCCGCUAUAUCUACUGGACUUGUGAGGCUACGAAUGUCAUUAAUGUGACAAGAUUAGAUGGAAGAUCAAUUGGAGUGGUGCUAAAAGGCGAUCAAGACCGACCCCGAGCCAUUGUGGUUAAUCCAGAGAAGGGGUAUAUGUAUUUUACUAAUCUUCAGGAAAGAUCUCCCAAAAUAGAACGGGCUGCUUUAGAUGGAACAGAACGGGAGGUCCUCUUUUUCAGUGGCUUAAGUAAACCAAUUGCUUUAGCUCUUGAUAGCAGGUUGGGCAAACUCUUUUGGGCUGAUUCAGAUCUCCGGCGAAUUGAAAGCAGUGAUCUCUCAGGUGCCAAUAGGAUAGUGUUAGAAGACUCCAAUAUUUUACAGCCUGUGGGACUGACUGUGUUUGAAAACUGGCUCUAUUGGAUUGAUAAGCAACAACAGAUGAUUGAAAAAAUAGACAUGACAGGUCGAGAGGGCAGAACGAAGGUACAGGCCCGGAUCGCCCAACUCAGUGACAUCCAUGCAGUAAAGGAGCUGGAUCUCCAGGAGUACAGACAGCACCCUUGUGCCCAGGAUAAUGGUGGUUGUUCACAUAUUUGUCUUGUAAAAGGUGAUGGCACUACAAGGUGUUCUUGCCCCAUGCACCUAGUUCUGCUUCAAGAUGAGCUUUCAUGUGGAGAGCCCCCAACAUGUUCUCCUCAGCAGUUUACUUGUUUCACUGGGGAAAUUGACUGUAUCCCUGUGGCUUGGCGUUGUGAUGGUUUUACUGAAUGUGAAGACCACAGUGAUGAACUCAAUUGUCCUGUAUGCUCAGAGUCCCAGUUCCAGUGUGCCAGUGGGCAGUGUAUUGAUGGUGCCCUCCGAUGCAAUGGAGAUGCAAACUGCCAGGAUAAAUCAGAUGAGAAGAACUGUGAAGUGCUUUGUUUAAUUGAUCAGUUCCGCUGUGCCAAUGGCCAGUGCAUUGGAAAGCACAAGAAAUGUGAUCAUAAUGUGGAUUGCAGUGACAAAUCUGAUGAACUGGAUUGUUAUCCAACUGAAGAGCCAGCACCACAGGCCACCAAUACAGUUGGUUCAGUAAUUGGAGUGAUUGUCACCAUUUUUGUGUCUGGAACCAUAUACUUCAUCUGCCAGAGGAUGUUGUGUCCACGCAUGAAGGGAGAUGGGGAAACUAUGACCAACGACUAUGUGGUUCAUGGACCAGCGUCUGUGCCUCUUGGUUAUGUGCCACACCCAAGUUCCCUGUCAGGUUCUCUUCCAGGAAUGUCUCGAGGUAAAUCAAUGAUCAGUUCCCUCAGUAUCAUGGGGGGAAGCAGUGGCCCCCCUUAUGAUCGAGCACAUGUCACGGGUGCAUCAUCAAGCAGUUCUUCAAGCACCAAAGGCACUUACUUCCCUGCCAUUUUGAACCCACCACCAUCCCCUGCCACAGAGCGAUCACAUUAUACUAUGGAAUUUGGUUAUUCUUCAAACAGUCCUUCUACUCAUAGAUCAUACAGUUACAGGCCAUACAGCUACCGACACUUUGCACCCCCUACCACACCCUGCAGCACAGAUGUUUGUGACAGUGACUAUGCUCCUAGCCGGAGAAUGACCUCGGUGGCAACUGCCAAAGGCUACACUAGUGACUUGAACUAUGACUCAGAACCUGUGCCCCCACCUCCCACACCCCGAAGCCAGUACUUGUCGGCGGAGGAGAACUAUGAAAGCUGCCCCCCUUCACCAUACACGGAGAGGAGCUAUUCCCAUCACCUCUACCCACCACCACCCUCGCCCUGCACAGACUCCUCCUGAGGAGGGGCCCUCCUCCUCUGACUGCCUCUGCCGUGAAGAAUGUAAAUACACAUUUACUUGAGAUCUGGAGGGGGGGAGGGAACUAUUAGAGAGAGAUGAGGCAGACCAUGUACAGAUAAAGUUAUAAAAUGGGGUAGGGAAUACUGGAGAUAUUUGUACAGAAGAAAAGGUUAUUUAUAUAUUUUCUUAAAACAGCAGAUUUGCUGCUUGUGCCAUAAAAGUUUGUAUAAAAAAUAAAUUUGUACUAAAAGUUUUAUUUUUGCAAACUGAAUACACAAAGCAUGCCUUAAACCCAGUGAAGUGACUGAGUAGCAAAGGAAACAGGAAUGAUAAAGGCAUCACCGACCAGGGAUGUCUGGGCUUUAUCGAUACCAAAAAAUUUCAGAAAAGAAACAGACAAAAAAUAUUAAGUGUAUCCCAGAGCAGCAAACCAUAGAUACUUGGAAGUAGCCAAAUAGCCUUCACAUUAACUAACAUUUGAGAGCCAAGUUAAGAAAUCAUAAAAGGAAAUAAUAAUCUUGGACAAAGGGCUUUGUUUUUUCUAGAGAUCCAAUCAUUUGGAUCUACAAAACUUCAUUCUGGGCAUUGCUGUCUUAGGAGAGCUCUGCUGUCUGUGAGAUACCGUAGGGAUCGUGUGCAUGUCUUUUGUCCCUACCUUAAAGCCUACAACUGUGUCAAAAAGAAAGGUUUUUCUAGAUGUCUCCACACUGCUGCCUCGCCAUGCCACUCUUUAGGCCUUUUUUGCCCCAAGACCAUGAUUUAUUCAAGCUUUUUAUCUGAACAAUUGAUCAAAUGGAAUUUUAGGAAUUUGGGGCGUCUCAUAUUUUACUAGCUCCAUUCCCCAUCAGGCUUAGGUCUUCAAUUUGACUACUGUUGUUGCUUUAAAAAAAAAAGUUAGCCAUAUUAUUAGUCCCCUCCACUUCCAAGAUUUUUUAGUCCUCAGUAAAAUGUCUUUUUAGCAACACAUAUAGACAAUGUUUAAGAAUUACAAGUCUAAUCAUUAUGUUUUUGUCGUAGAUCAUAUAUCCUUGCAGUACUUUCAGCAUAUAAUAUCACAAUAUGAAAUCAUUUAUAUAUAUAUAUUUUUUUUGAGUAAAACAUUUAAUAUGUUCUGAUUAGAGAAAAUCUAUUUAAAAAGUGUGUGUGUUUGUGUGUGUUACCAUUAGCUUUUCCUAUAUUAACUGUUUGUGACAUUUUCAUGUUCUUUAGACCAGGUUUUCUCAGAAUGAUGUCUACAUACAUACCUCUUCUAACAUGUGACAUGAAUUUGAUAUCUUCCUGUUACCCACUGUGAAUGUUAGGUUGUUUUCAAAUUAUCCACAAAUUAUUUUUUAUAGUAUCCUCAUGUAUUUUUAUGUGUGUUCUCUCUCUUAUCCCAUUAUGGAUUAAGAUAAUUUAAGAAGUUUAACAGGGGAUUAAAUGAGAAGAUAAACUGUUAGAACUUGGGUGGAGGGGAAUAACAGAAAAAGUCUCUUGUGUAACCUGCCUGACCUGCUGUCAUGUAUGGUACUGGGGCUGCUACAUCUUCAGCUAUCAGGGCUGACCUGUGGAAUGAUUCUAGCACUGCUCUGCCACCUUGCCAGAAGUUAGCUUCCUGCUUUUCACAUGUUUCUAGCACUGCUCUGCUAAAAUUGAAUGUUUUUUAAACUAGUGUAGAUACUGGUGAGUUCUUGUUCUUCUGUGUCUGUCUCUGUCUCUGUUGUUUGUAUUGGUGUGACCUCUCUGGUAAUCAAGAGCUCCCCUAAAAAUGUCAACAGAAAAAAAGAUUCAGAAUUUUGGCAGGGGCAAAGUAACCUUUCACGCAACUAAAAAAUAUGUAAGUAACAUACUUAAAAGAGGGAAAAAAAUUGGUUUCAGGCUAAUGCUCAGAAUGUUGGAGGCAAUUUAAGAACCAGGUGCACUUGAUUUUGCAUAUAUACAAAUGGUGAACCAUCAGUGUCUUUUAUCUCAGUCAGACAAGUUUUGCCUCUUCCUGUUGCUGGAACAAAGUGCUUCACAGUCUGAGACAAAGUGGACAUUGAACUUCUGAUCUGUGACACAUGGGCACUGGAUGUUUCGAAGAUGGGAAGGUUAGCAAUAACUGGGUAUCAGAGUUCGAGAAUUCUAUGUUUACAUGUUUAAUGUACAUCUUUACCUGGUGGGCUUCCCAUGUGGAAACUUGCACUAUAAUGAAUUAAGAAGAAUAUUGCCUUGUUUUAUCUCAGUCCAAGUGCUUGUACUGCGAAGGCAAUGGCCUCUUCUUGCAAAAUACUAAUUUGUGUGCCAAUUUGUUUUGAAAUUAUUUGAAGGUAGUGCAGCUUAAUCUCAGUAUCCUCUUUCUAGGAUCAUUGAGAUGGAUUCUUGAUAUUCCUGAGUACUUUUAGUGAGAAGAUUGUCAUAUUUGGAGAAGUGAAUGAUCUUCAGGUUAUAUGGAUAGUUAAGCUUAAGUAAAAUACAUCUUGAUUACUAAACAUAAGAGCUUUAAUUGGAAAAAAUGAACAUGAGAACACAAGUAUGGGAAAAAAAUGCAAAAAAGGUGAUAAGCUUGGUGUAUCAUAAAAUUCACUAUUCAACAUUAGAAAUGAAUAUAAGUUAAUUCAAUCUUUAAAUUCAGGGCUGGAGAUUUAGCUCAGUGGCACAGUGCCUGCCUGGAAAGCACGAAGUCCUGAGUUCGGUUCCCAGUAAUCUGCCCAUCUUUAAAUUCAAGAUAUUUUUAACAUCUUCAGUUAUGCAUACUUACUGAUACUAAAAUCUUAUCUGGGAAAUGAACUUUGAUACCACUUGCACUGCAGCAAGCUCUUUAUUGGUCUUCUAUAACCAAGGUUCUCAACCUGGCUGCCCGUAGCCCAAGGGUUUGCUGCCUGUUGGUUCGGAGAGUAUAAUUCAUGUCUUGUUGCCUGGCAACUCUGAUUUGAACAUGGUGCAUUCCUGCUGGUGGUUAAGCUGGCAGAAACAUGUUGUCACAUAAUGGCACAUUCACACGAGUAUUAAUUUUUCUUCCAUGAAAUUUUAUUAUGCCUCUGGCACUUGCUAUAAUUCUUCUAUACUACAUAUUAAAGAUAUCUGUUUAGCUGAAAAGUGUAGUUCUUUCCAUUCUAAUGUCAGAACACUUUGUGAUACUCUACCAAAAGACAACUUGAUCCUUUAGCAAGUUUGAGAAAAUGGACAGUAAGUUAUUUAGAAAUGAAGGCUUCAAUUAAAGUACAUCUUCAUCUAAUGUAGGCCAAUAAACUGGGGAAGGAUUUUUUGUUUAGGUUGUUACUGGUUUUAUUUUUUUUUCUUUGUUUUGUUUUUGUUUUUGAGACAGAGCCUCUUUAUAUAGAUCAAGUUGAUCUUAAACUCAUUAUGUAGCCCAUGUCCUCAAACUUGGAAUUCUCUUGCCUCAGUUUCCUGAGUGUUAGGAUUAUGGUAUAUACCACUACACCUGGCUAGGAAGGUUGUUUGAGCAGUAAAAUUUUAGGUAAUUAAGGGUUUUAUGCAUUUUAAAAUAAUCCUGCAGUCGAUACUUUGUAUAAGGGCAACUCAUUCAGUGUUUAAGCUGUAAAAAUAACGUCAAUGUUAGGUAGCAGUUCAUUUUGGGGAAAUACUUUUUCUCUAGUCUCAUUAAUGGAGACUAUUUCAAGUAGAAUCAAUAACUACAACUUACCUACGCUGUUAGUGAAAUGUUACGUGACCUGAAUUGAACAGUCAUAGUAGAGAUGAGAGGUUUGCUGUAGCUUGUUUGUGGCAGGUGGGCUGCUUAGAUCAGAAUGUUAGAAAUGUAGGGGCUUUUGUUUGUUUGUUUAAUUUUACUUCGUGGGAAACUUUACAAGAUUCAGAAACAAAAAUUUGGGACUUUUCACACUCCCAAAUAUGUCAUGAGUUUGCCAUUCUUACAUCUACAUGUAUACGGCAUCCACGGUUUGUGAAGUAUUGUAUAUGGGCAUCUAAAAUAUUAGUUGGUCAGCUAAUAACUGGACUCCACAUAUGAGACUGUGGCAGUGUAUUAAGCAUGGACAUGGACUGAGUCCUGAAGAAGUUUAAAUCAAGUUUUUAAACAUACUGUCAGAUUUUUUGUUUUAAGGUUCUUAGGAAUGAGUCCAAGGCUCUUACAGAUCUUUUUUUUAGUUUUGAGAUCGGGUCUUCCUAAUUAAAUGAGUUGCUCAGACUUGUGAUCCUCCUGCCUCAGCGUCCUAGAGUGCUAGGAUUACAGGCAUAUGCCUGUAAUUUGUUAAACUCAAAAAAAUUUACUUGGUAUUCUUUCCUUAUCUCAAGUCUAAAAUAGACCAAGGAAAAUACAAUGAUUUUCAGAAAGCACUAUUAGUUCGUUGACUCCUGAGUUAGCAUUAGUGUUUUGUCUCAAAAACUAACAUUUUCAAUUCACGAGUUUUACAGUGAAGAACUUUGAACUUCAACAUAAAAAUUUUACAUUUAUAAUUUUGUAAAAAUUUAAAUGGGCAUUGUGAAUACAUAUCCUCAGGGUAUUUCUCUUUGAUUUGAUUGCGUAUCUUACUAGAGUGGAAAGGGAGAUAUAAGGUUUGUAGAUUUAUCUUAGUGACUUAGAAUCAAAUUGCUGACUGUACCCUUACUUUCUUUUAUUGAGGUAAAAUAUACCAUUUUCUCUUCCAUCAGAAAUUUUUAAAUCAUUCUUAGUUUUAUUAUUGAAAAAUACCUUCAGGACUUGAUAGAAUUAUAAACUUGAUUUUUUAUCCUCAGAAGUGAAAUAUAGACUUAUCUAGCCAGAUAAUGAUCACCUAUGAUUUUCACAGAAAUUAACACCAAAGAAUUAUAGACAACAUACUUUUGCUUAACUAUCCAUUUGGGUUGUUUUGUUUUUUAAUUUACCCGAAAUUAACACCAAAGAAUCAUAGACAACAUACUUCUGCUUAACUAUCCAUUUGGGUUGUUUUGUUUUUUAAUUCAGUAUAUUGAGGUAAUGGAGAUCUUAGAAUAUCUGUAUCAGUGAUUAAAUAUGAAUAUUAAAAGGAAUAUAAAGUAAGAAAAUGAUUCCACCCAGUAUUAGGAAGUUAAGUGUCUGGGUUAUUGAGAAUUCAAGAGGAAAGAGGAUAUCAUGAAGCUUAAACUGAACUAGCCUUACUUGCAAGUGAAGGAUCUGGUGCUGCUUUCAGAUGUUUUAUCUUUUGUGUUUUAAAACUUUUUCUUAAGCUUUAAUCUUCGUCAUUGUCUUAAAAGUCAACUGGUGUUUCUUGUUCAUCGACUUUGGUACGAUGGUGCUUUGCAAGGAUGUAUUUAUAUUAUAAUGGCCAACAUUUGGUCAGCCCUUGUCCACUUCCCCCUUUUGUAAAAUAAGUGCUUUAAUUAUAACUGUAUAAAAAUACCUUGUAUAAAUCCCCUUUUUGAUUAUUACAAUAAGCUGAAUUGUAACAAAUGAAAUGUUGAUUUUUAUAAUAAAACAGUGGAAAAAUAAAA